AUGAGAACCUCAUCACCAAUCUUCCUCCUCUUGGGAGCAGCACUCGCAUCCCCAAACGUAAUAGACGACUUUGUCGGCCAAGGCCAAAUUCACGUCCUCAACUCGAGCUCCUACGUCUCGGCCGACCCGGCAACAGACACCAUCGGCUGUCUGACCGCGUCGGGAUUGCUGUCCAAAUCCAACUGCGCCACAUUCACACGGACGGAAAGCUACCCCUACAUGCUCGUCUCGUCAAGGGGCGUCUGUACGUUCAACGACAAGAGCAUGCCCAACAACAAGGACAGCUACUACGGCAAGAACACGUACGCGUGGCACUGCCUCGAGGGGGCCGAGGCCGGGAUUGAUGGGGAGAGGUAUUAUACUAUUCAAGGAUUCAAACACCCAUACCUCUGCAACGGGAACCUGGGGUGCUACUACGACAUCCCGGAUGCUCCGGAAAGUGAUGACGAUAGCGGGGAUAGUUUCUCGGUUCAGGAGGUGGGCAAGACGAAGGCUGUGCAGCCAGUGUGGCAGUUCUUUUGGGGAGCCCAUCAGAUGGGGAUCACGCCGGGGCAUUUGCAGGUGUUGUGGCUUUGGGUGCCGGUUAAGGGGAAGGAGAAGAGAGAUGAUGGGGAGCAGCGGAGGUUGGCUCAAUAGGUCCAGCUCCCUAAUGAGGAGCUUCAGGGGGUCGGUCGGUCCUCAAAGGGGCCGAUCCUCAGGCUGAGGUGUCUUGGGGCGGUGUGAGGGAUAGUAUAUAGUGAUUUUUGCCAAGUAGGUAGCAGAGGGAAGGAACGAUGUAGGUUGGUCUAGGGGGUUUCUACCUAGUUAAGGUCUUGCUGGCCAAAAGUCUCUUGCCAAUAUUCCACCUUGGAAAAUUGAAAACCUUCGACCGACUGUCAUCUGUUACUCUUCUUUUGGCGUACAUUCUCUUCUUGAAUUCUACACAACAAACCUGACGGGAUGCAGGACCACAAAGCCUUUACGGCCGCCGUGCGAGCCAGAAAUGCUUGGGCUCGUGAGAAAUGGCUGAACGAAGAAAACAAGUAUGAUCGACCGCAGAAGCAAACCACUGAUUAUUAAAGAGAGCCACCCUUCGACUCUGAGAGCCACAAUGACGGCGAUAUCACGAUCAAGUUGGAAGACAGGAACCCCAAGAUCACACCCGAGACAUAGCUGCCCUGAAGGAGUGGCACGAUCAGCUCGACAACACUCGCGAGGACCGACUUGUGGAGGUCCUGUCUCGAUGGCACAUGACUCAAUGUUAUCAAGCCAAGACCCAUGUGAAACGCCGGGAGGACGUCUAUCUUUGCUCGGAGUGGAAGCACAGGAUUUACACCAUUAUCGGCCACCGCUUGCCGAACGCCAUUUAUCGCCAGUUUCACAAGUUGCAGCACCCCAACUCUGAGGUCUGCCGUCAUACUCCGGAUUGCAUCUCCUGGAGCAAGAUCCAGAAGCAAUAUAUGCGACGCAAAGACGAGAUUGACGCUAAGUUCAACAAAUUGUCAGGGGAAGCCACCCCCUAGUUGAGGACUGCUUUAUUCGCAGGGACAAUGGUCAAUUGUGUCCACUUAGCCUCACGGGCUUGGUAUCAACCUGGUCUCCCUACUACGCCAACCAGCAAUGCGUCCAAAUCAAAACUCACGUCGUCCAAACACCCCAUGACCAGCCUUGGAUGACUGUUAUCGAGAUUCUCGACCGAGG